UACAUGAUUUAGAACACCCUGAUGUAUCUUUAGCAGAUGAAUGGUCCUAUUGCAACACUGACUUGCAUCCUGAACACCGUCAAAUGACUCAGUUAGAAGCGAUUAAACGAUACCUCACAGGAAAAGAGCCAUUGCUCCAAUGUGACAAAGAAUUGAUCCAGGAAGUUCUGUUUGAUGCAGUGGUGAGUGCACCAAUUGAAGCUUAUUGGACCAGUCUAGCAUUAAAUAAAUCAGAAAAUUCUGACAAGGGAGUGGAAGUUGCCUUCCUUGGAACACGGACUGGACUAUCUCGUAUCAACCUGUUUGUGGGUCCAGAACAGCUUACUAAUCAAGAUUUCCUGACAGCUGAAGACAAGGAGAACAUUUUUAAUGCUGAUCAUUUUCCACUGUGGUACAGAAGAGCUGCUGAGCAAAUACCUGGGAGCUUUGUCUAUUCAAUCCCAUUUAGUACAGAAACAGCAAACAAAAGCAAUGUAGUGACAGCCAGUACAGCCAUUCAACUUUUGGAUGACAGAAAAUCCCCAGUCGUUGCAGGUAAAAUUGUUGUUGUUUUUUGUUUUGUUUUGUUUUGUUCAUUUUUUUUUCAAAGCGGUGUAUUUUCUUCACUUCCUAUUUUAGUUAGGAGAAAUUUAAUGUAGGAAUACAAUCUUACA